CUGUAAUCCUGUAUAUAUGCUAGGCAAUUUUACGCUGCCCUAACCCGAGACGGUUCUCCUGCACAGCCAUCCUUUGAAGACAGCGGUCGCCGUAUAAGUUGAAGACAUAAUGAGGUUGGAAAAGUGCUGGUUUUGCUCAUCAACUAUCUACCCAGGCCAUGGUAUUCAAUUUGUUCGAAACGAUGCAAAGAUUUUUCGGUUCUGCAGAUCUAAAUGUCACAAGAACUUUAAGAUGAAGAGGAAUCCUCGUAAGGUUAAGUGGACUAAGGCCUAUAGACGGUUACAUGGAAAGGACAUGACCCAGGACGCAACAUUUGAAUUUGAGAGGAAGAGAAAUAGGCCAGAGAGAUUUGACAAGAAUGUAACAGAAAACACUUUGAAGGCCAUAAAGAAAAUCGAUAAAGUCAGAAUUGCUAGGGAGGCUGCUCACCACAAAAACAGGAUGAGACCCAACAAACUUCGAAAGCAGAAAGAAGCAGCAAGGGAACUGGAGCAGGGUAUCCACUUGGUCAAAGCUCCUUCUGUUCUCCAACAAGAUCCAUCCCUCACCUUGCCCAUCAAGGUCAAGGUUUCACAACAACAAUCAGAAGAAAAGCGCAUGGAGGAGUAAAUGUCUUUUUGCUGUGUUGUCAUGUGAUAUAUUUUGUCCCAAAAUCAAAUGCUUCAUUGAGCCCAAGGAGGACAUUUCAUCUCUGCUCAUCAAAAGUUUUGUUUUAUUUUAUUUUUUUGGUCAUGUUUUUCACAUCAUCUUACUUCCUACCCCUAUCUUUUUUGUUAUGUGGUACAAUGUUCAAACAUAUUAUUAUCAAAAUUGUAUUGUAGGUGAUUGACGAUA